AUCUCUAAAAAAAUCAAUGGAAAAAUAUCCUCCGGUGAGGAUCAACAUCAACAAAAAGGAAUGAAAAUCAUCAAAAGAGAGGCUUCUGUGGGCUUUUCUCUGGAGAUGCAAGAAAAGGAGGGAGCUGUUGAAAAAAACCACGUAUCUGUGCCAGAGAAGUAUGGGAAACUGAAGCCCAAAAAGAAAGAGGCGAUGGAAGAUUCUGAGGGAGAGUUCGGCAGGUUGCACUUGCAGGCCUGUAGACAAGAGGAAGGGACUGUUCAGGAAGCCAGCCUAAGACAGGCCAACGCUCACCAAAAAUUGAUGCAAACAGCACAGAAGGCGGGAGAAUAUUAAGGUCCAGAAAUCUAGCUUUCCUUCUCCAGACCAGGGCUACUCCAGGAGAGCCAGGCAGACCCUGCUCCUGCCCUCUCCCCCAUGAAAAAGUGAUGAGCAGAAGAUGGGACUUGGGCUUUGGCACAAAGAACACAGGCCUCACGUGGGUGAGCAGCUCAGGGUAUAGUCAAGGUUGUUAGUCCUGUGCCCUCCAAUUUCCCCCUUCAGCAAAUUUCUCCUUAAAGGUCCCCAACAACUCAUCAUUCCUCCUGGGUCACAUCCCCAUGGGAUCCCAUCUCCCCAUGGCCUCCCUGAUAUUUAACAGUGGAGAUACUGACCAUGACCUGGGAGUGGGGCAGGACUGUUAGUGACAGCAAAAUCCUCAGAUCCCGUUAAUAUUCUGAGGUGGGAAUUCAGGCACCUUGCCCGACAGCAAAAAGGAUGGUUUUGCAUAAGUAACUAUUCAAAUCACACCCAUGUAUGGCUUCCCAGUCGACAGGACCCACCUGAAGGCAAGAGAUGGAAAAAAUGAAGAGAAAGGAAACUAAGAGUAAGACAGAGAGCAGAUAUGACAAGUGAGAUCACAGGGGUGUGACAUUUUAUGAGCCCUGUGGAAACAACUGCAAAGCCCCUUAAUGAAAAUGGUCUAGAGAAAUGAGCCACCCCACACCUCAAUCCUCAGAGAAAGAGGAAGGGGCAGUGUCUGACCCAUGUGUUCCCAGGACUCAAAGAGGGGAAAGUCCAGCUAUCCCGAUAUUCCCCAAAUCAUAGAAACAGGGAAGAAAUGACCCACAGGCAUUGACCCUUAACCCCAGUACCCAAGACUAGUAGGGGAGAGGCUCUGGGGACUCCGGGACAUAAGUGGCUGACACAGCCAGAGGUGGGAAAGGGGCAAUGAGGGUGAUCGUGGGAUGAGGGAAGGACAGAUGGGCCGUGGGUGAUAUCUGUACCACAGCCUGGCAGGAAGGCUAAACGAGAUCAGGUGUGAUCUCUGAGCACAGAGUGACAGAGGCUUAAGCCCCUCGCUUGCCAUUCUAACGCUUCCAUAGCAAACUCUUCGCCAUAAAACCAAGGCUAGUUAUAGUCUUUAUUCACUCCACUUAUUUAAAUAGUUAACCAUUUUGCUGCAGAAAUGCUGCACUUGAUUGAUGGCUACCCUAGACCAUGAGGGGGUCUUUUGGUGCUAGUUUCUUCCCAAAAUCUAAAACAUUCUGAAUUCUAAAACUUACCUGACUCCAUUUCAGAGACUCCGUUCUGGUUUCCCUUCCUUCUCUACACUGCUUACCUCCUUGAGAAAAGCUUAUCAUGGGAGAGAGGACGUGCGAAUUAGCUUGUACGCUGGGAACAGGUUCGUAAUGUAGGCAUCUUUGCACACAAGUGCGUGAACAGGAGAGACAGGUGACUGCACAUUCAACACUUUAUAAAAGAGGCAGACAUCCAUGGGUUAAAUUCUUUGUGAGUACAAGAGACGGAAACAGAGGAGCUGCGUGUAGGAGAGGACCACUUUAAAGAGCUGCAGGUCUUCUGACAGAGUUUGCCCUUUAACAACUCUCCCCAGCACCCAGAAAGGGUGGAGGGGUAAGAGGUUGCUGCUGUAAAAAAAAAAAACACACACACACACACACACACAAAAAACAGCCACAGUACAGCUUCAACUGCCACUUGAAGGGUAGCUUGCCACUUGAAACAGCACGACGCAGAAAGGACCUGCAGCUGCUGCUAGGAGGUACAAAGAGGAAGCAGUGCCCAGUGCGGAGGCCAGCUGUUAGCAACUGGAGCACAGAGAGCAACCUGGGCAGAAGCCAUGACCUGGCCACCUUCCUGUUGGCUGUGGGUUCUGGGGAUUCUAACGGGACUCUCGGCUACCCCAGCCCCCAAGAGCUGCCCAGAGAAGCACUACUGGGCUCAGGGACAACUGUGCUGCCAGAUGUGUGAGCCAGGAAUGUUCCUCAGGAAGCACUGUGACUGGCACAGAAAGGCUGCUCAGUGUGAGCCGUGUACACUAGGGAUCUCCUUCUCACCAGACUACAACACCCGAAGCCACUGUGAGAACUGCCGGCACUGUAACUCUGGUCAUCUCAUUCGAAACUGCACCCUCACCACCAAUGCUGUGUGUGCCUGCCCCAAGGGCUGGGAGUGCAGGGACGAGGAAUGUACUGAGUGUGAUCCUGCUCCAAACCCCUCACCGACCCCUCACCUAUCACAGGCCCCAGGCCCACACCUACAACCCACCCACUUACCUUACACCAAAAAGAUGCUGGAGGCCAGGACAGCCAGGCACAUGCAGACUCCGGCUGACUUCAGGCCGCCUGCCCCAGCUCUCUCAACUCAACGGCCACCCCAGAGGUCCCUGUGCAGCUCAGGUUGCAUCCGCAUUUUUGUGAUCCUGUCGGGAAUGUUUCUCCUUUUCACCACGGUCGGAGCCCUGUUUCUCCAUCAACAAAGAAGAUACGGAGGAAACAAAGGAGAAAACCCAGCGGUGCCUGCGGAGCCUUGUCCUUACAGCUGCCCCAGGGAGGAAGAAGGCGAUGCCAUCCCCAUCCAGGAGGAUUACCGAAAACCUGAGCCUGCUUCCUACCUCUGAGCUGGCACUCCCCAGACGGGGUCAUCACUGCAGUAAAGGCCUAGCCUCCAUCACAGCCCGCCGGCCACCCGAUGAGACCCAGCACCCCCAAUUUCAGGACCAGGCUCUCUGGACCCUCAGACUUGAGAAAGUACCUUGUGAGACUGGAAAUGACAAGGAGACAUGGGAGGUAGAGGGUGGGAAGGAGGAUGUGCCCUGGCCCGGCCAGCUCCACCUCUGUGCGGGAGGAGGGGUUCCAGUUGUAAAACACACUUCAGACUAUGAAAGCCCCACAUGCUGUAGACACUCAGCAAAAUAAAGCUACAGACUGCCA